GCCCGGCUGCGCUCCAUCUUCGCCGCCUGCGACGCGAACCGCUCGGGCCGCCUGGAGCGCGAGGAGUUCCGCGCGCUUUGCGCAGAGCUGCGCGUGCGGCCGGCCGAGGCCGAGGCCGUGUUCCAGCGGCUGGACGCCAACUGUGACGGCGCCAUCACCUUCCAGGAGUUUGCACGCGGCUUCCGGGGGGCCUGGUCUGGGGGGUCGCACCAGGGUUUGGGGCCGCGGGAGUACACGCCAGUCACCACCGAGGCGGGGCAGGAGCCCGGUGACAGCGAGGAGGACGAGGACGCGGUGGCGACGGUGACCGGCCUGUGGGAUCCAGCGAGCCCUGGCCGGGCUUGGCAGGACUUCCAGGAGCGACUUGGGGACGAAGCCAAGUUCAUCCCCAGAAAAGAGCAAGUUGGUACCUUGUAUCAAAAUAUCAACCUUGUGGAGCCUAGACUCAUUCAGCCAUAUGAACAUAUUAUAAAGAACUUUAUCCGUGAGAUCAAACUUCAAAAUACAGAAAUGGAAAACCUGGCCAUUGCAGUGAAAAGAGCCCAGGACAAGGCAGCCAUGCAGUUGAGUGAGUUGGAAGAUGAAAUGGAUCAGAGGAUUCAGGCUGCAGAGCAUAAGACACGGAAAGAUGAAAAACGCAAAGCAGAAGAAGCCCUCAGUGACCUCAGACGUCAGUAUGAAACAGAAGUAGGAGAUCUGCAGGUGACCAUAAAAAAGCUAAAAAAGCUAGAAGAACAAUCAAAGCACGUAAGUCAAAAGGAAGAUGUGGCCGCAUUAAAGAAACAGAUUUAUGAUUUGUCGAUGGAAAACCAGAAAGUUAAGAAAGAUCUUUUAGAGGCACAGACAAGCAUAGCCUUUCUUCAGAGUGAAUUAGAUGCCUUGAAAAGUGAUUAUGCUGAUCAGAGUUUGAAUGCUGAAAGGGAUCUGGAAAUAAUCCGAGAAUACACAGAAGAUCGAAAUAGUCUUGAGAGGCAAAUUGAAAUACUCCAAACAGCUAACCGGAAGCUGCAUGACAGUAAUGAUGGUCUAAGGAGUGCUCUUGAAAACAGCUACAGCAAGUUGAACCGAUCCUUGCGCAUAAAUAAUGUAUCACCAGGGAAUACAAUUUCUAGAAGCAGUCCCAAAUUUAAUGGUCACUCUCCUCAGCCUCUGGGCUAUGACAGGUCGUCCCGCUCGUCCUAUGUGGAUGAGGACCGUGACUCCUUUGCCCUCUGUGAUCCUAUGCAGAGGAUGAAUUAUGAAGUUGACAGCCUACCUGAGAGCUGCGUUGACAGCGGCUUAUCUACUCUGAGGGAUUGCAAUGAGUAUGACUUGGAGGUGGAAUACAAGCAUCACAGGGAAUUUCAGCGGUCACAUGGGACACGGGAGAGUUUUGGGGGCGAUGCUUCAGACACAGAUGUUCCUGAUAUAAGGGAUGAAGAGACAUAUGGUUCAGAGACAUAUGGUUCAGAAGGUGUGGCUUCCAUCUUGGACUGGAAGUCCCAAGGGUCUGUUAGUGAAGGCAGCAUCGUUAGUUCAUCAAGAAAGCCCAUCUCAGCACUUUCACCCCAGACAGACAUGGCAGAUGACAACCAUAAAUCCAGUUCUCAGAAGGCUUACAAGAUCGUGCUUGCUGGAGAUGCUGCAGUGGGGAAGUCUAGUUUCCUCAUGAGACUUUGCAAGAAUGAAUUUCGAGGAAAUACAAGUGCCACCUUGGGAGUGGAUUUCCAAAUGAAAACUCUCAUCGUAGAUGGAGAGCAAACGGUCCUGCAACUCUGGGACACAGCCGGUCAGGAGAGAUUCAAAAGUAUUGCCAAGUCCUACUUCAGAAGAGCAGAUGGUGUCUUGCUGCUGUAUGAUGUUACGUGUGAGAAAAGCUUCCUUAACGUGCGGGAAUGGGUAGAUAUGAUUGAGGCUACAGCCCAGGAGACUAUUCCUAUCAUGUUGGUAGGCAACAAAGCUGAUCUUCGUGACACUGCUUCUGUAGAGGAACAGCAAUGUGUCAAAGCACACUUCGGAGAAAAACUGGCCAUGACCUACGGAGCAUUAUUCUGUGAAACAAGUGCCAAAGAUGGUUCCAACGUAGUGGAAGCUGUUCUCCAUCUUGCUCGGGAAGUGAAAAAAAGAACUGAUGAGAAUGACAGAAAAUCCAUUACCAAUUUGACUGGGAACAGUUCCAAAAAGUCAACGAAGAAUUGUUGCAAUGGUUAAGGCCCACACGUCCACGGCCUAGCAAGUCUUUGUUUCCAAGAUCCUGAAUGUGUGUGACUUGGUUGGUUCUCAAUAGCAUGGGACCUCCUACUGGCACAUCACAUGGAGUUGCAGUCUGGGAAAUCGAGACCAUGCUUUCGGGUCCCUCCAGAACUUUGGCUCUUUAUUUGUUAUACCUCAAUGAGUGAUUUAGGCCCUCUGGCUGAAUACACUUGUCUUUUCCUUACAGGGUCUUAAAAGAGAACACUAAAUAUCUUUACAGUGGUAAAACUAAUAUCACAUGCUCAAGGCAGACUCACCGAUGUAACAGUUGGGUCCAUGUACAGGACACCUAUGACAAUAUUUAAUUAUAGUAUCUGACACAAGAGCACUAGUAAAAGGGGGUUAUCAUCAUUGCUUUGCUAUGAACUAGCCUUGCUCUUAUUCACGUCACGAACCCAUGUUGGUUAUGUUUUCUCGCCUGUAGAAUAAGGAGUGUGGUUUCCUGGGCCCUGCCGGCCUUGGCACCUCUCAGAUUCUGUCGCUUAUUUAGCAGCAGGAAAGAGAGUAUGAUGUCCACAGUUAGUAAGGACUCUGGUUAUUCCUGCUUUUCAAAUACUGAGGUAUCGGUUUUUCCCACUUCAGAAGAAGAAUAGAAUUUAAUUAAGAAAAACAAAUGGUAAUGGUUUAGGUUCCAGUGGACAUAGAAAAAUCUACCUUUUCAUGUAUAAGGAAAAAAAAUUUUCAUACAAAGUUAUGUAUAAAAGAGGGUAUUUUAUAAUCUCAGAAUACAUAUGAAAUCCAUUGUUCAAAUUCAAAGUUAAGAAUUCAAAUGAAAACACAGAAAGCCACAUACUACUGAACAUACAAUGCCCAAAGAAGUUGUCACUGUUGGCUUAAAAUUAUAUACCAGUGGGUGGCUGCUGGAGGCCGAGGAAAACUGGGGCUGGGGUGACUGCUCUGUGACUAUGAUUUCUUUUGGGAAUAGUGAGAACAUUUUGGAAUUAGAAAGGUGGUGAUGGUUGCAUAACUUCCUGAAUACAGUAAAAACUACUGACUUGUAUACUUUGACAGGAUGAAUUUUAUAGUAUGCAAAUUAUAUCUCAUUAAAAAUAUAUUCUAGCACUUAGAACAUUGUAACAUUUUGCCAAAUGAACAUACUCAUGUUUAUUUCAAAUUGUUUCAUGAUUUAAAAGCAUACUCUGUCAUAGAAUGCAAAUCUGCUCCCAACUUGCAAGCAUCAACUUCUUUUUAAAUAAUGAACAAGGAAAGAAAUAUUAUGCAUGGGUUUGGAAAAUAGUAUCUUUAAUGCAGGGAUUACCAUUAAGAAAGGUGAGUCAGAGUCUUUUCUUUAAUGUGAGUAGUCCCUGGUCAUCACUCAUAACAUAGAGGGUCUUGCUCUCCUAGAAGCUGCAGUGCCUCUCAGACUUGCCGCUGAAAUGUUUUUAAGAGAUAAGGGAGUUAACACCUGACCCUAGGGUGGGCCAGCGAUACCUGGUUCAUAGUGGCCAGAACCAAUUAAGUUAUUUGCAACAAGAGCUUUGAACUUACCUUGUUUCAUAUAGUCCGGCCCCUUAAGCUGCUUCCUAAACCUUGAACAGUAUCUGUCUUUACUGUAUAAGCUAAAAAAAUUAUUUUUGUUGAAUUAAAACAAUUCCAUGUAGCAUUCUUUUUCCUGUUAAUUAUAUUUAUGACCAAACUCUGAAUUCCCCCAACUUAGAUUUUUUUUAAUGGAAAUUGACCAGAUACAUUACACACAAGAUGAUACAUGGCUAAAAAAUCACUUAGUGUUUGAAAGCCUGCCUUCUUCCUAUAGAAGACAUGCAGUAUUUUUAUUGGCAAGUUGGAUCUAUUCUCACUAUUUUAUUCCAUCCUCUAUUUAUUUUAUUCUAUUCUCACUAUCUAUUCUCAUCUAUUUUACAAUGAAUUCCUACUUCCUGUUUUGUGUAGUUUGAUUCCAGAAAAGAAACCAAAAAACAAAGGUUACUUAUCUGACCAAAAAGAAUGCCUUGCUGGUGAGGAAUUAUUAAAAUAAACAGGGGAUGGGGAUGAGCGGUUAUUAUUUUUGUAGCAUGGAAAAACAAAAACUUUGCCAUGUGGUAUCUCUGAAGCCCAGGUGAGAGUGGACGGGGUAUAUAUGUGUUGACAUAUGGGCCACACUUAGGUUCUGGUGCAGUUGCACAAAACUGUUAAGUGUGUGUGUUAUCGUGUUGUCCUUAUUUAUUUCCUACAUAGUGCCUCUACAUUUGUCUUCCAAUCUGUAAAUAAGAGUAUACCUAUAAUACAGAAGUAUUAGCCUGGCCUUUGCCUCUGGAUUGUACUAGCAGUCUCCCCAAAUUGAUUAGGAGAUUAUAUAGGUGCCUUUUUUAGACAUACCAGACAUUUAUAGUGACUUAUGAGAACCUGGAUAAAUAUGUUGGCAUUGUAAUCCCAAAACACACUUCUGAGUGGCAAUCUUGCUUGAAGUAAGGCCACUUAAAGCCUUUUUAGC